CUCGUUGCAGUAGGAGGUGCGCGGAUGACGUUUCCCCGCACUCCUUUUAGUUUGUUUUAGACUCUUAUCCCGAUUUUUUUUGGGGGGGGAACCUCCAGGACCCCCCCUCCACCACCGUCCACCCUCCACCCUCCACCCCCCUCGCAGCCACCGGAGCUCGCGGAGAGAGACACACGCCGUCCGGACAUAAUGUGAGCUCGCCCGCCCCGCCGCUCGUCGCCAGAGCCGUCGCUGUGGUUCGUCCUGUCAAAAAAAGAAGAGGCAGAGAGAAGGGGGGGACUACAGUGAGAAUACGCAGUAGGCUCCACUUCUAUCCGGUGUGUGUCGAGCUGUCAAACUGAGAACUAUGCCUCGCGGAGCUUGAGGAGAGUAGACCGAAGGGGGGACGUUUCGUUGCGAAUUUACCCACUUUGCCGUUUCGCCUCGGCUCUUUUUUGUCCUUCUGGAUUAUCGCUGCCCAGCAACACAGCCACCUGACAACCCUGGAUGUCGUAAUUAAGGAAGGGCUCUCAGUGAACCAGUGAUGGAGACCAAACGAUACCAAAGUUACUUCGAUGGGAAUGACACAGAGAACAAAUGGCCCCAGGUCCCGAGCUCCACAGAUUUCUGCUGCAGCUCAGAGGACUCAGGUCUGACCGCCGGAGACAUCCUGAUGGACAUCGUGAACGUGAGCUGUCCCUCCGGAAGUCCAGCUCCCGACUGCAAAGACAACGCAAAGAAGCAGGAGCCGGUGCGCCGCCUCAGCCAGAACCAGCCAUUUGUUCACCCACACUUCAACAACUCUCUUCAUGGUCAUAAGCAGGAAAUGGACUCCAAGGAGCUUUCCAAAACUGUUGCUGAGUCUAUGGGCCUCUACAUGAACGCUGCCAGGGAGGCAGACUUUGCUUUUAGCCAGCACGGGGGCAGUACCAGCCCUGGGAAGCUGUUCCCGGUGUGUGGGCGUUCUCUGGACGAGAAGCAGAGUGGAGCCACUAAAAACCCCAAGUUAGCGGCGUUUGGGUUCCAGCCGCCCUGCUCCGCCCACACGGCGGGCUCAGGGACACCGGUCAGCUCUGGCCCUCUGCUGGGCUCCUCUGUGUGCUGCAGCCCUCAGACCUCCAGCUCCAUGUCCAGCCCCGGGGGCAGCAACAACAUGGUGUCCUCCACCACCAGCCCCCCUGUGUGCUUCGGACCCCCGUGUUCGGCGGUCAGCAGUCCGGCCAGUCAGACGUCCUGCGCCCAGAGCGUGGCCCACAUCAAGCGCAGGAACUCAGCCACAUGUAGCCCAGUGGAGUCCAGCACCGUGGGGUCCCCCCCUCUCACCAGCCCCAUGAACGUCAUGAGGUCCCCCAUCUCCAGCCCUCAGAGCAUGAGCAGCGCCUGCAGCGUCUCCUGCAACAUGAGGUCCUCUGUGUCCAGUCCCACCAGCACGGCCAACUGCAGCACCCUACAGCAGUCCAUGUCCAGUCCACCCUCAGCGGGCCUGCCCGGGAGCAGCCCCCACCAGCCGCCCUCCGCGGGCUUUGAGCCCAGUCCAGUGAGCGCUCUGGGGCUGGUGCAGAACGACCACAGCCCGGAUACAGCCUCUCUCUCUCAGGACGUGGACUUCAAGAACUUUGAGUUCCCCAAAGUGGAGAUGGUUGGUGGGGAGGUUUUUAACGUGGGCUUAGACCAGAUGGGCAUGGUGAAGUACAUCAAGAACGAGCCUGGCACUGACUUCAGGAGCAUGUGUCUGGGAGGCUCCAAGUGUAAUUCAAACAGUGCCCCGUUCAUCACCCAGAUUAAGACCGAACCCAACAAAGACGAGGACUGUAUGAACCAGCCGCCCUACAGUGAGCAGUCCCAGUCCAUGGGUCUGUUCCCCGCGGCCGAGACCACCUAUCUGUCUCUGAGGAAUAACAUCGACGAGUACAGUCUCUCUGGGAUCUUAGGCCCCCCUGUGUCGUCCAUGAACGGCAACUACGAGUCUGACGUGUUCUCCAGCAGCGUCCUGUCCAAAGGGGUUAAGCAGGAGGCCAAUGACGGCAGCUAUUACCCGGAGAGCACCGGCAUGCCCUCGUCCGCCAUUGUGGGAGUUAAUUCCGGCGGACACUCAUUCCAUUACCAGAUUGGAGCACAAGGAACAAUGUCUUUCACGCGCCACGACGUGAGGGACCAGUCAAACCCGCUGUUGAAUCUGAUUUCUCCGGUUUCUGCGUUAAUGGAGUCUUGGAAAACUCGCCCGGGCAUAUCCCAGGGGGCGCUGGCGGUCAGAGGAGAUGGAUACCCGGACCCCAUGUCAAGUUCGCCCAUGAGGCAGCCGUCGUCCACAGCUAAAGUGUGCCUGGUGUGCGGGGACGAGGCGUCGGGAUGUCACUACGGCGUCGUCACGUGUGGGAGCUGCAAAGUCUUCUUCAAACGAGCCGUGGAAGGUCAACACAACUACCUGUGCGCCGGGAGGAACGACUGCAUCAUCGACAAGAUCCGGAGGAAAAACUGCCCGGCGUGUCGAGUACGGAAGUGUCUGCAGGCCGGGAUGAACCUGGGAGCGCGAAAGUCUAAAAAGCUCGGUAAACUCAAGGGUCUCCACGACGACCUCCAGAACGCAAAAGAGGCGGGCUCGGGCGGGUACCUGUGCUCCGAGAAGGACCUCACCUCCAGCGCCGCCAACGCCCUCGUGCCGCACGGCCCCGGGGUGGUGACUCCCUUCCUGCCGCCGUCCAUCUGCAGCGUCCUGGAGCUGAUCGAGCCCGAGGAGGUUUACUCCGGCUACGACAACACCCAACCGGACACCACCGACCACCUGCUGUCCAGCCUCAACCGCCUGGCCGGCAAGCAGAUGGUGCGCAUGGUCAAGUGGGCCAAAGUACUUCCAGGUUUCCGCGGUCUGCCCAUCGAGGACCAGAUCACGCUGAUCCAGUACUCGUGGAUGUGCCUCUCGUCCUUCUCUCUCAGCUGGAGGUCCUACAAACACACCAACGGACAGAUGCUCUACUUCGCCCCCGACCUCAUCUUCAACGAGGAGCGCAUGCAGCAGUCGGCCAUGUACGACCUGUGUCUGGGGAUGAGGCAGGUGAGCCAGGAGUUCGUGCGGCUGCAGCUCACCUUCGACGAGUUCCUCUCCAUGAAAGUGCUUCUGCUGCUCAGCACAGUUCCCAAAGAGGGUCUGAAGAACCAGGCGGCGUUUGAGGAGAUGAGGGUGAACUACAUCAAAGAGCUGCGGAGGUCCGUGGGAAAAGCAACCAACAACUCGGGUCAGACCUGGCAACGCUUCUUCCAGCUCACCAAGCUCCUGGACGCUAUGCACGAUUUGGUGGGGAACCUGCUGGACUUCUGCUUCUACACGUUCCGCGAGUCUCAGUCCCUGAAGGUGGAGUUCCCGGAGAUGUUGGUGGAGAUCAUCAGCGACCAGAUACCAAAGGUGGAGUCGGGCCUCACGCACACCAUCUACUUCCACAAGAAAUGACUGGAACCGACCCGCAGACAGGAACCGGCGAAACGGAAGAGGAACUAGAGGCACACGGACGCGUCAGAAAGAAGGGGGCGGGGCUUACGGAUCGGCCCGCUGCCUCCUUGCCCCGCUGGAUCUGUCUCGUCUCAGGACCAGACUCGAAAGCGACGGGAGACGGAGGCCCGAGAAGAAGAGGAGGUUCCGGCGCCAAAAUGGAGCGAUCUGAUAGCGCGGCGAGGAAGAGAGCGAAGCGAUUGGAAGGACACGUGACUAACCCCGACGCACCCGGACCCCGACCCCCACCCGCCCCACUGCCCCCACCUCCUGCCCCAAAGAUGAUGACAGUAUUUUCUAUGGAGUAAAGCCAUACAUUUCUUAGGACGCGCUAGACACACGGUAAAAAAAAAAAAAAAAAAAAAAAAAAGAACGAAAAAAAACACUUAAACUCACAAAUGAAGGGAAGUCCACUCAUUUGUCUGAUAAUGCACAGAUGCACUCCCCAGGCUACGUCCACUUUCACGUUUUUUCAUUUUAACGCAAUUUAAAAUCUGUACGCAACGACAAAUGGCGAGCGAACUGUUCACCGUACUACUUCCUGUUCACUGAAAUUAAUAGAUCCUGAACGAUUACGCAAUAGACAGGAAGCUGUGGUCGAUGCCGCUAUAAAAAUAGGUCUUUUUGUCUCAGUGCUAAUCCUACUUUGAGACAUAAUACAUAUUAAAAUAAUGCUACAAAUUUAGGGUGACCAGACGUUUCUUUUUACCGGGGACAGUCCCAGUUUUGAGUCCUGUGUCCCCUGUCCCAGCAGAUUUAUACAAAACCAGUAAUUUGUCCAAGUUUUAUAUAAGAAAUGACCCAAGUGUCCCUAUUUUUGACCAAUUUGAGCUAAACCAGGUCUAAAACAGGCGUAAACUGAGAUUAAACCAGCACUACAUCAGGUCUAAACCAGAAUUAUCAUGGGACUAUCAAAAUUUUUGACUAAUCUGAUCCCUGGCAACAGUAAAGAGGAGCAUAAUUUGACAUUUGUUUGGCUAAAAUUCAGAAAUCUGUGCUUGCAAAUGACCAUAAAGCUAAAAAAAAAAUGCAACGACAGAAGCUCCUCAGAUUAUGACUGAAAUGAAAAUGCACAAUCUUACAUGCUCUUUUAACAAUUUUAUUUACCUGAACCCAAGCCUGGUAGCGAAUUUACGAAUCCUACCAUAGCCACGCCAAAGUUCUGAUUGGUUGAGCUUCACGGCUCGACCGAAACCCGUGAUCUGGAUUAGGGAUGGGCAUGAUUAAUCGAUUAACCGAUAAUUGAUCAUUAAGAAUUUCAUCCAUUACGUUAAUUUUAAUCGACAAACCGAAUGUAGGUUGCUGUGCGUAGCGUGAGCAAACAGGUCUGUACAUGUGUCUCUGCAUCAGAAGGAGCGAGCAAACAGAAACAGUGGGUCAGCCUGCAGCGUGCCGAAGCACAAAUGCGUAUUUAACGAUUUGUACAAGAAAUUCCGCGCUUUCCGUUGCGUUCGGGACAAGUGUGAGUCCAUGUGCACAGUGAAUAAAGCAGCACAUAUGUUUCUGUGUCCAGUGGGAAAAAGUUUUACCAGGUGAGAGUCGCGCAAUGUCGAUGACGAGUCCCCACCUCCCUCCCCCCGUACGGUGUCCUGGUUUUGACAAACACAAAUCUGGUCACACUAACCUGUAUUCACCUGAGUCAUGUCUUUUAAUCCGACAGAAAUUGAACCACAUCAGCGACACAAGAGCUGGAGUUUUAUCUUUGCUUAGUUUAUGCAAAUUAGCGAUGCAGUUUUAAGUUUUGUUUCUGUGAGAGUUGAACAAAACUGAAUUAAACACAUUAUAAUGUCAAACGGGCUGAUGUGGCUCUAGAGUCGUUACGGUUUAUAUGUCGUAAAGUUGAAUUUAUUUAUGCAGAUUAGUAGUGCAGAUAGUAAUAAUAAUGAUGAUCAUUUUAAUAUAAAACCGUUAAUGAUUAAUCGCUAAUCGCUCUUUAAUUCUUCCGACGAUCGAUUAAGAAAAUUUCAUCGAAUGCCCAUCCCUAAUCUGGAUCAGCUGAAGUUGGAACUAAGGCUCACGUCUUUAACAUCGUAGUUACACCGUUCAUCAGUUACGACGAGAACAAUCUCAUACUAACGUUUUGUUGAUCUUAAAUGUGUUCAGGACACAAGAUCAUGAGAUGGUAUCCAAACUGAAGCACAUUGAAGCAUGGAUUAGGUAGGCUAGACUUAACCUACGUUGCUGGUUAACAAAUAGUUUUUUAGGUACGAAAAUAAAUAAUGUAACGUGGGCAAAUGUACAUAACUAAACAGAAUAAUCUCGCCAAUUUCCAACACUGAAGUUUUAUGAGCAACAGAUGCAAUGAUGUCAAUAAAGGGGGCAUAUUUUAGGCCUACACUAGAGUUCGACAAUAAAAACAGUUCAUCUUUGACAUUUGAAGUGCAUUAGAGGCAGUGUUGGGAAGGUGACUUUUAAUACAUAAUACAUACAUAAUCCAUUAAAUUACUUAAAGUGAGUAAAGUAAUCUGAAUACUUUGGAUUACUUGAUAUUGUCAUGCUUUUUAAAACUACAUGAAUGUAACAACCACAUCCUGUAAAUUCUUGUUUGUUCAGUCUUUAUUUGACCAGAUUAAAAAUAUUACUGAUAGAGAAAUGAUUUUUAUAUGAGAUCACUGCUGCCGUCAAUUAUUUCCAUCCUACUGUUAGUGUCAUAUUGUGUUAGUUUAGUCCUGGUUUAGACCUGGUUUUAGUCCUGGUUUAGACCUGGUUUAGUUCCGGUUUAGUCCUGGUUUUAGUCCUGGUUUAGUCCCGGUUUAGUUCCGGUUUAGUCCCGGUUUAGUCCUGGUUUUAGUCCUGGUUUAGUCCCGGUUUAGUCCCGGUUUAGUCCCGGUUUAGUCCUGGUUUUAGUCCUGGUUUUAGUCCUGUUUUAGUCCUGGUUUAGUCCUGGUUAAGUUCCGGUUUAGUCCUGGUUUAGACCUGGUUUUAGUCCUGGUUUAGACCUGGUUAAGUUCCGGUUUAGUCCUGGUUUAGACCUGGUUUUAGUCCUGGUUUAGUCCUGGUUUUAGUCCUGUUUUAGUCCUGGUUUAGUCCUGGUUAAGU